GCUUAUUGAAAUGCCCUGUAUAAUAAGAAUUCGAAUAUUACUUGAUCGGCAACAUUGGGACCAUUAAUCGAUGUUCUUGUCGUAUUUCUAUCCAAGAUGAAGAAACGAGUGCUGAACAUAUGAGAAGUGUUUUUGUAGGGUGGAAUGAUGACAGUUUAAUUUCUAAUUCGGUUUAACUUUAUUUAAAAUACAUAAACAUCACAACGGAGAUUAUACUGUACAACUACGUAAAAGCAAAAUGAUCGGGAUUUGGUACUUCAACAAAAUAUUUAUACAUCUUUUAACUCUAGGAUUACUGAUGCUGUCAAAAAUAGAUUCCAUCACAGCGAUAAAAUGUUUCAAAUGCAGCGUUACUGUAGAAAAAAAUGAGAUAGAAAAUAUUACAGUUUUGACGCCAAUGUGCACCAAAUUUGACAGGUCUGAAGAUUUUAUCAUUGAUUGCCCAUUUUCGACAAUGUGUCUAAAGACCAUUUCAACACUUCAUUUGCAAAACGAAAAUCAAAAUACUAUUAUAAGGGGAUGCGCGCCGCAAAAAGAUACUAAACAGGUCUUUAAGAAUCGUCGAUGGCACCAAGAAUUUUCUGUGCAAGAAGUAUACGAUGAAGGCUGUAUAGAAUUUAAGGAAAAUCACCUGUCAGCAUCCAGUAAAAUACACUGCUAUUGUCGGGGUAAUUUAUGCAACUCAGGACCCGGAAAAAUCUUUGCUGAUCAAGUACUCGCUACAAGCCUAGUUGUCUGCUAUUUAUUCAGUCUACUCUAGUAAAUAUUGUGAUUUACGUAUUAUAUAUAUCUUCCAGAAUUAAACUUGCAAAUUUUUAAAAUUACAAUUAAAACAUAUAUAAAUGCAAUUAUUUUUAUAUUUAAUAACCAUAUAAGAAAGUGAUGUUAUAUAUUCAUUAGGUCAGAGUUGUUUUUUGGAUUAAGGCAUUGGAAUAGUGUAUUCAUUAUUUUGAUUAUAUACUUAAUAAAAAUUGUGGACAAACUAACAAAAAAA